UUCCUAGGUUGAUUUUUGGCUUCUCAGCCCGAGAGAGACACACCUUCAGCUCCCUGACGCGGAGUCUGGGGUAUCAGUGCCGCUUCAAGCCUGACGAUGCGCAGCAUUGUUGCGCUGGUGGCUCGUGGUAGUCCCUCAAUCACAACACCCGCCAUUGGCGGGCUCCCUAGGCCAUGGGUUGGUCCCCAGCCCCUCCGGAAAGUGCGAGAAUUGAGUGCGCGUUUCGUCAGUCUUUAUUCACCCAGACAUUCUUUCGCCCUUCCGAAUCUUCGCUCAUCUCAACCCGGUUCAUUCGCGUCGUCUGGUGGUGUGGACUCCUCGGAGUUGGCAAUGAGUUGGCUGGGAGCUCUGCACCGGUAUUUGAGGAGAUACCGGUUCCUUCACACGUCGACCGCUUCCUCUUCGAGGGGGAUCGAUGAAGUCGCGGGUCGAAUCGCCGCACGUUCCCGCGUCGCAUCGCCCACCUGCCCUCCACGAGCGCCCAGUCACACCUCGGCCUCCAAUCACCCGUCAUGCAACCCCCCAUCCCCCGCGCUUUCCUCCAUUGUGCCGGCCUCACCUCCGAUUUGGCAACUGCCCCAUACUUCCUCGUUCAUAUAAGGAUGCGCAUGCCCGCAGCCUGGUUCUUCUUGCAGGAUCUGGUGCCGGCUUGAUGGAAACACUCCGAAUGGCGUACGCUGUAACCGCCCACGGCUGCGGCAACCUUGCAUGACAUAUGCAACGGCGUACGUACGGCAGCCUGUUACGAUUGCAGGUUGUGGGUGGUGGGAGAUGC